CACACUAUCCUUUAUAAUGCUGCAUAACUUUCCCGAAUAACUGGCCGAGGUACUAGAAUCCGCUGGUGGAGCAAAAGGCGUCAUCAUAUUCGUUGACUCUCCAUGUCAGGUGUAUUGCUGCUGUGGUGCGUAUGCACAUGCUGUCUGUCAUGUUUGAGCUCGUCGUCAUUAGGGAGUGCACCACAAGCACUAAUUAAGCCUAAACAACAUCGGUCGUGGUUGGCACUCGUCAGUGGUCUGCUACCCGCCUGAAUCAAAGCAGCGGUUUAUAGGCAGAGGGGGAUCGCCGCCAUCUUACGUUCCAUGAGUUCGAAAACCUUUUCCCGUUGUCGUUCUUUCCACAUAACGUCAUUGUGAAUUUCCUUUAGUCGGGGACAUUGCAUUUCUCUGUUGUUACGCGUAGGCUCCCCGACCGAGUAACUUAUCGCACGAACCGAAUGUGUCGAAGUAGAGUGGUACGUUUUCUUUUCCUGGUGUCGCUCACUUUUAUUUUCACAUGGCUAGCAAAGUAGAGCAGCACACGGCGCCCACUCCGGGGCCGCGUGCAGCUCGUGAGGUUUGUAAAAAUUCUUCCACCGCGGCGUGCUCACCUGUUAGUAACUCUGAGGAACCCAAACAGCAGCUCAGCAUCAAACUUCAGCCGCCCGACACGUCUCCGUACGACUCGUCACUGGAUGACCACGCAGAUAUCUCGGUUUCUUUGCUGAGCAGUGGCAUACAUCGCCGGCGUGGUGCCACAUCAACCAUUUCCUCAGCGCCCAGAGGAACGCCUUCCUCUACACGUUCCGCACCCACUCCGCAGCUGGGCAGAGGCUGCACAACGCGAGGCAUCUUCGGUUCACUGUCUUCAGUUUAUAGUCGGUCCGCAGAAGGGAAGAAAUCGGAUUCCUCUCCAAUGCUUGCGGAGCCAGUCGUAGGCUCUUUGCUCAUGCCAGAUGGCGUCACCAUCCGUCGACCGCCAAAGCUCGGCAUUUCGUCCGGUGACCCCGUGGGUACCCACAUUCUCAGGAGGCGUGCGGCUUGCUCAGGCGCCGAACCGGCUUCGCCCUCUGGACCGUUCGCCUCUCGUCUCAACCUCUCUCUUCACCGUCUUUCUGUGAACACAUCGUGGCAAAGGACUUUCCGAUCUGCCGCAUGGACUUCUGGUGGACGACGGCGAGGACCUAUGUCUCGUCAUUUGAAUCCCACGGCAGACAGCCUCCCAAAGAUCGUAUCUUUCUCGCCCUCCUUGAAUCGGGCUUUGUUUCAAGAUACGUGUCUUGUCGCCCCUCUGAGGUCUGCUAGCUCGUCCGCGCUGUUUUCUCCGCAGAUCGCAACUUCUGUGAGUGAACCACCUCCGUACAUUCCUGAAACUCUCUCUUCGGAUCUGCAGCAGUCUCCAGAUUCCUCUCUGCUGAAACCCGUUGACGGGAUCGCAAGUUCACCUGGGUCGUCAUGCAAAGCUUCUCCUCGCCUCCAGGUGGCCGAAAGUCCGCUGCCCUGCCUCACACGUCUGCCCGUUUCCGAUCAUGCUUCUGGAGUCGACGAAGACGAAGAAAACUGCGCCGUUUCCGUUUCACCUGAAUCCUUUGAAGACAGUGUUUGCCAAGGGUCUCAGAGAAAAGGAAGAGCUCGUGCCUCUCCGCGGGGCGCCUCUCCCUCCUCGCAUGCAGUCGGCUCAAGUCUGCUGGUUCCGUCGUCGCCGGCGGCAGUCAAGGAGGGCGAACGUGGAGAAGGAUUUCAGGACCAGAGCCUUCUGGCGCAGGAUGAGAUAUUCCGUGAAGCAAAGAAAUGCGAGGACGAGUUAGCCGCCAACCCCAAAAAUGAGGAGGCGGUGUAUCGGUUAGGCGUUCUCAAGUUCCGUGCAGGCCAAAUAGAGGACGCCAUCUCCCUUGUGAGUGCGUUUCUGCAAAAACAUGCUCCUAAGAGGUCAAAGGCAGAAAGGCGCUCUGAGGACGCUGCUCGAGACAGCAAACUAUCUCUCGAUCACCAAAGUGGUGGGGGUGAACAGGCGCUCGCAGACAACCCGUUAGCCGGACAUAAACAGCAAACGCAAACAGCUCAGGCCGACGGAACAAGCAAGAGUCGUCGAGAAGACGUUGCUUCAAUCGGCGAAGGUGGGACAGCGCGAGAAGGCGGAGAGGUCAACGAGGACAACCAGGCGAAACUGUCCAAAGAAGAUGAAUGCACGGAAAACGGAAAGGAGACCGACAGCGCCGAGGCAGGAGCAACCAUCUCUAAAGACGCGCCGAGUACGCAGAGUCGACAGCCAGAUGAAGGUGACUGUUUCAACGCCGAAGGAAAUCCAAAGGAAGAACAACUCGACUGGCGAGUUGGAAAGGCGGCACCGAUCCAAGAGUUGUUCAAUGUGAUUCUAGAUCGUCGCUCCCAAGUCAACCGAAGAGCCAAGGACAUUCUCGAAGACUGGGGGCCUCCGGUGUACUUACAGUUGGAGAAACUUCUCGGACAUCUAUGGUUCGAGGCGGAAAACUUUCCCGAAGCCGUUCGGCACUACUGGAGGUGCAUCGAUAUCUGUCCAGACGACGCCCAGCUUUUCACCAAUCUUGGUCUCGCGUACUACGAGAUGGAAGCAAUGAAAGAAGCCACGGCGGCAUUUGAGCAGGCAAUCAAGCUGAACGACAGAGACGCGACUUCCCUGAGCGUUCUGGCGAUGCUGCUCAUGGACGAGUUCGCAGAGGCGGAGGAAGGCCGUCUGCGUGCGAUCGAAGAAAGCAGCGAAGAACCGCUUUUGCCGAGUGAAGAGGAACGACUUCGCGGUUUGAGAGAAGGCACGGAACGCUGUGUCACCAUGCUUCAGAAAUGCCUCGAAAUCGACGAGAACAAUAUACUCGCUAAACUUCAUCUCUCUCAGGUGUACGUGUAUCGCGAAGAGUGGGAUCGAUCGGAGGAAAUCCUUCAGGCUCUGCUGGAAGAGAAUCCCGACGACACACACAUCUUGAACAAUUUAGGCCAAGUGGCGCUAAACAAGGGCGACAACGAGAAGGCAUUCCAGUUCCUCGAACGAGUUCUCAAUAUCAAUCCCGAAGACGAAUUAGCUCACAUGCAUCUCUGCGAACUUCUUUGCAAAACAAAUCAACCGGCGCGCGCGUUGGAACAUUUCAAGCUCUGCUGUGAAUCGUCGCCAGACAGCGUCUCUCUGCAUGCGACUUGCGGACUGCCUCUCUGCGAGGUUGGAAAGGAAAAAGAAGUCAUCGCUGCAUACACAGAAUUCAUCAAGGCUCACCCUGAAAGUGCUGCCGCCAAAACAUUCAAACGCUCUCUUGGUAGCAUGGGCGAGGAUGUAGGAUUCAUGGAAUCCACUUCAAUCAUUGUCUUCAUUGUCCUGCCCGUUCUCCUGUUGUUGAUGGUCCUGCUGGGCUGCGCCCAUUUCUUCGCUUCUCUUGCGUCGCCCGCACCUUCUAUACAUCCCUUUGCAGACCCUUCGCACCACUCUGAGCUAUAGAGACAUUUGAGAGCGAAUCCUCCUGCUGCCAGGAGCGUUCCCUUUUACAGAUACCGCAGCGAAGAAAAGAAAAGGCAUUUUAAACUUCGUGUUUCUUCCCUUCCUACCGUACGGUUCGGCAAUUUCACAGGCUGGCCUAAACCUUCCUUACCGGGCUCCUUUGACGCCCGAUGUAAGCGUGCCUGUCCGUGAUGCCACCUAGUGUGAACUGUACGCGCAGAUGUGUAACAGUAGUCUUUAAAUGUACAUUGAGCGUGCCGCGUGGCCAGAGGCGAGUAUUUCCACGUGUGGGAGCUUUGCAUGCGUAUUCUGGGCGCCUCGAGUGAAGUGAUGCCAGGAAAUAUCUGUCGGUUCCGCUGCAUGCAGUCGCUUUCUGCAUUCACUCUGUUCGUGGGUUCUAUGGGUACAGCGCUGCCCACAGCUGGGCCCUUCUGUAGGAGAACAGUUUAGACAGCAGGGAAAGUUGAGAAAGGUUUUAUCGCUCAGUCAUCUGGCUCGCUGUAAACACCGAGCCAGGACAAGGGUACUUUUGGAGGGAGUUGACCGUCUUUUGAAGAGCAGCAUCCAGGCGUUUCGCCAGCCUCCCGGA